UAAAAGAAGAAUUUUGUCCAGUUCCAGUGCGUUGCAACUGAUGAAAUUGCACAAUAAUCAUCCAAUUAAAAACGAUUGUUUUUGGUGUGAAAGCUGUUAACAGUUAACAAUGGACAGUCAAGAAAAUGUUGAUGACACUAGUGUGCCUACAGUUGAAAACAAUGAGACGUUAUUAGAGAAGGAUAAGGAGUCUUCAAUUUUACCAGUUGCAGAAUCUCCAGGUCCUGUAGUUAGCGACAUGGUAGAUGCAGAUUUAGUCAAAACUACUGAACAGUUUAAAUUUAAUUUCAAAAUAGGUAAAAAAACUAAAAGUAUGUCAGAAGCGGAGAGAAAAAAGAUAUGCAACAUGGUUGAAGGACUAGCUAAGUAUAAUGAUUUAGGGGGCUUGCCAGAUCCUCAUCGCCGAAGUUCUUUAAGUCUAUUGAUAGAUUCAGAACUAGCAACUUUACAUUCCAGUGAUGGAAAUAAAGGUGAUUCACAUGACAAUAAUACUGAUAAAAAGCCUAAUAAGACUGGUGUACAUGUAGCUAGUGUUAGUGCUGAGAAACAGUUACAGUUUGAGACCAUGUUAAAGGAAGAUUUGACAUCAGUAACACAUGAUGUAGAAGAUUUACAUAUUUCAACUGGUGCUAGGCCUAAGAUUAAAGUUGAGUCUGAAGAUAAUGUGAGGCAGGUACAGAAAGCUGGCAACCAGCAAGAUCAGACAGAAGAAUCCAAUAAAGGGACACCUAAGAAGAAGGGUGAAAACAAAAAGUCACCUAAGAAGAAAGGUAAUCAAGGUCAAGUUCAGUCAGGGAACCAGGAGCUUGGUUCCUAUUCUCAACUAUUGAUGUCAAUGGGGAAAAGACCUCCACAGAAAAAAAAUGAGAUGAUGGCUGUUACAAGUGACACUUCUCAAAAUGGUGGUACGGCUAAAGGUCCACAGGCUGGAGCCGCACAGGUUCAAGGUGAAGGUCAGGGCAAGAAAAAGAGGAAUAAGAAACAGAAGGGGAACCAGGAAUCAGAUCAGCAUCAACCUCAGAAUGUAGAGCAGGAACAAAAAUUGGAGAGGCCAAAGUCAGGAAAAAAAGGUGGGAAUAAGGAGAAAUCCCCAGCAGCAAGUAGUGAUAGUGGCAUAGACAGACCCUUGUCAGCAAGUAAAAACCAACAACAACAACAACAACAGCAGCAGCCUGCUGGGAAAAAUAAAAAGAAAGGAAAGGGACCUCAGAACCCUAGUCAGGAAAUGCAGGUGGAAAUUCCUCCUGGGAAUCAGGGAUCAAAUAAACAGAAAAAGAAAAACAAACAGGGUGCUCAAAAUACUGAUAAUAAAAUGCAGUCUGCCAUUGAUAGACCUACCAGUGCUAAUAAACAGAAGAAUGUUCAGGCAGGAUAUGUGAGACAGGGUUCAUCAGACCAGAGACAGCAGCAUGUUCCAGUGGCAGAUAUUUCUGAUUCAUACACUGAGAUGACAGUAAGAGUGGCCAAACCAGAGCAUAUGUUCGUUAUAGGUCCCCAAGGACGCCAUCUUCACGAGAUAAUGAUGGUUACAG